ACGAGCAAUGUGACGAAGAUAGAACCUGAGGGAAGAACGUGGCUGGUGGACAAAACUGUUUUUGAAACUUGACAAAGAUAUGUAUGGAUUUAUCAACACCUGUCUGAAAUCGCUGGUAGUUGAGAAGUUUGGCGAGGAGACGUGGGCCAAGCUCAGAGAUGAAGCUGGAGUCCAGGAUACCUUCCUGACAUAUGAAGUCUAUAAAGAUGAAAUCACCAUGCAGUUAGUAACAGAAGCCUGCAAGCUUUUAGAAGUGCAGCCAGAGGUUGUCUUGAGGCAGUUUGGAGAGUAUUUCUUUGAGUUUUGCAAACGCUCGGGCUAUGAUCACAUGCUGCGGACAUUAGGAGGAAAUUUGUUUGAAUUCACAGAGAAUCUGGAUGCACUUCACAGCUACCUCGCCCUCUCCUACAAGGAGAUGAAUGCACCAUCAUUUCGAGUGGAGAGGAACCCCGACGGCACCAUGCUUCUUCACUAUUAUUCAGACCGCAGAGGACUGUGCCACAUUGUUCCUGGCAUUAUUGGAGCUGUUGCUAAAGAUUUUUUCAACAGUGAGAUAACAAUGGAAAUUGUCAGCCAGCUAGAGGAGCUAGAGAGAACUGGGAAGAAGGAACAUGUGGUUUUCCUGGUUACACAGUGGCCAGCUGGUCCUGCUAGGUCCAGCAUGGUCGGCAGUAAAGCUGGGACCCAAUCCCUCUGGCCUCUGGCUAACCAGCAUAAUGCCAUGAUCUGGAUUAAAGAGCCGCCGCAUCAAAAGAGAUCCAGUAUCAGCUUCUCUAUGCACAGGAGUCACUGGGAGACAAUAAGGGGGCUGGUUCGCCUUGGGAAAGGCAAACUAUUGAGGGGCUUUGAACCAGUGUAUCCUAUGACCCUCAACGUUGACCUGAAGACUUUCUGCCAUGCUUUCCCUUUCCAUAUAGUCUUUGAUGAUCAGCUGGUGGUCCACCAGGCAGGGGUGAACCUCCAGAGGAUCGUCCCCGGGCUCCAGACCAUGAGCAUCUGCCUGGACCAGUACUUCAGCAUCGUGCAUCCAGAGGUCACCUUCACCAUCUCCAGCAUCAGGAAGUUCAUCAACAGCCACUUUGUCCUGCAGACACGCAGGAACAUGAUGCCUGAAGCGUGGAGGGGCAGGCCUAUGCUACAGCUCAGAGGUCAGAUGAUCUGGAUGCCCUCUCUGGACCGUAUGCUCUAUCAAGCCUCUCCUCUGCUAAGAAGCCUUCAGGAGUUGGAGGAGAGAGACAUGCACAUUUCUGACAUCGCGCCGCACGACGUCACCCGCGACCUCAUCCUGCUCAACCAGCAGCGGCUGGCGGAAAUUGAGCUGUCCAAUCAGCUGGAGAGGAAGAAAGAGGAACUCCGCCUCUUGUCUCAGCACCUGGAGGAGGAGAGGAGAAAGACGGAGAACCUGCUGUAUGCCAUGCUGCCCAAGCACGUAGCCAACCAGCUGAAAGAGGGCAAGAAAGUAGAAGCAGGUGAAUUUAAAGAGUGUACCAUACUGUUCAGUGAUGUGGUGACCUUCACUAAUAUCUGCUCCCUGUGUGAACCCAUCCAAAUUGUCCUUAUGCUUAACUCCAUGUACCUGCGUUUCGACCGACUCACCACCGUGCACAAUGUUUACAAGGUUGAAACUAUAGGAGAUGCCUAUAUGGUGGUAGGUGGGGUUCCCAUACCUGUCUCCAGCCACGCUGAGAGGGUGGCCAACUUUGCCCUGGGUAUGAUUUUGGCUGCGAGGGAGGUUAUUAACCCUGUGACAGGAGGACCCAUUCAGAUCCGUGUGGGUCUCCACAGUGGUCCUGUACUGGCAGGUGUAGUUGGGGAGAAGAUGCCUCGCUACUGUUUGUUUGGGGACACUGUCAACACGGCCUCUCGCAUGGAGAGUCACGGCCUACCUGACAAGAUUCAUUUGAGCCCAACCGUCUACCAGGCUUUGAAGAACAAAAGCUUUGUUAUCCAGAAGCGAGGGGAGAUUGAGGUGAAGGGGAAGGGCAUGAUGACCACUUAUUUUCUAGAAAGAAACCUAGGAGUAAGUGAACAGCAGAUUAUGGGAAUCUCAGACAUAGAGGUUGGGGCUGGACAGCAGGACAGCCAGAUGAGCUACCAGCCAGGUGUCCACAGACCAGGUCUGUUUGCUGUCUGAUGAAUUCUUCAAAUUCUACAUAUCCUGAUUCACAUGGACAGUUUUUUUUGUUUGUUUUUUAAUGUCCUGCCUUCUUUAUCAGCUAAACA